AUGGGGCAGGGGAUGGAGGAGGAGGUGGCGCAGUCGGUGAGCGACCUCCCGGUGCAGAACCCUCAUGGGGAGGAGUUCUCAGCCGCCGACCUUACCUGGGUCAAGUACGCGAGCUCCGAGCACCACUGCGACGACGUCGCGCUCAUCCCUUACGACCGGAUGGAGGCCUUCAUCAGCGGCGAGAGCAGCAACCCCGAGUGCCCCACCCGCUUCCACAUCGAGCGCAGCCGCAAGCGCGAGGAGGGCAGCCUCAGAGAGUACCGGAGCGAUGAGUACCUCCUCCACAGGAUAUAUUGGUGCUCAUUUGGCCCUGAGAAUUAUGGGGAGGGAGGGACAAUCUUGCCUAGCAGAAAGUUCAGGCUCAACACGAGGAACCGCGCCGCACGCCCACAGUCGAUGCGAGGCUGCACUUGCCAUUUUGCUAUAAAGCGGUUAUAUGCCCGUCCUUCCUUGCUGCUCAUCAUCUACCACGAGAGGCGCCAUGUCAACAAGUCUGGCUUCAUAUGCCAUGGGCCCCUCGAUAGGGAUGCCAUCGGGCCUGGUGCUAGGAGAGUGCCGUACGUUGGGAGUGAAAUCCAGCAGCAGACCAUGUCAUUGAUAUAUCUUGGUGUUCCAGAAGAGAACAUUCUACAGACACAUAUAGAAGGGAUACAGCGUUACUGUAGCUCAGAUGCCAAGGUUGAUAGCCUUGCUUCACAGUAUGUCCAGAAGCUUGGGAUGAUCAUCAAGAGGUCUACACAUGAGUUGGAUCUAGAUGAUCAAGCUAGCAUCAGAAUGUGGGUUGACAGAAAUAAGAAAUCGGUAUUCUUCUACCAGGACUCGAACGAGACGGAUGCAUUCAUUCUGGGAAUUCAGACAGAAUGGCAAUGCCAGCAAAUGAUGCGCUUUGGUCAUCAGAGCCUUUUGGCUUCUCAUUCCUCAUUUGGUGUAAGCAAGCUAAAGUAUCCAUUGCACACACUACUUGUAUUUGACUCAAUGCAGCACGCUCUUCCUGUUGCAUGGAUUAUAACCCGUUCAGUUACUAAGAAGGAUACCUUGAAAUGGAUGAGGGCACUUACUGAUCGGAUACACUCUAUAGAUUCCACCUGGAGAAUCAGUGGAUUCAUCAUUGACGAUCCAGCUUCAGAGCUGGACCCAAUCAGGGAUGUAUUUGCCUGCCCAGUUUUGUUCUCUUUGUGGCACAUCCGGAGAACCUGGCUUAAAAAUAUCAUGAAGAAAUGCAGCAACAUUGAGGUACAGCGGGAAAUUUUUAUUCAACUAGGCAAAAUUGUGUACAGUAUCUGGAGUGCGAAAAAUCCCAUGAAUGCCCUAGAGCAGUUGUUUCAAGACUUUGUUGAUCAAACCGCCUUCAUCAAAUAUUUCAAGUCAUUUUGGGUUCCCAAAUUGGAGAUGUGGAUUGACUCCAUCAGAAAUCUACCAUUAGCAAGUCAGGAAUCAUGUGGUGCCAUUGAAGCUUACCAUCUAAAGCUGAAGGCUAAAGCAUAUGAUGAUGUGCUGCUGGAUGCUCUCCAACGAGUAGACUGGUUAGUGCACAAGCUCACAACAGAGCUGCAUUCCAGCUACUGGAUCAAUCUAUUUGCAGAUGAGAGCGGUUCAUUCCCUGAUGUGAAAGCAGAGUAUAUUGCAUCCACUUCAUGGCAAAGGGCAUUGCAGAUACCUGAUGAAGCUGUACACUUUGACAACAAUGAACCUCAUUCAGCCAAAGUGGCCAGCCAGAAGGAUCCCAGUCAGAUGUGGACAGUAUGGAAUCCUGGUUCCGAAUUCUCUCUCUGUGAUUGUUCAUGGUCAAUGCAGGGUAACCUGUGCAAGCAUGCUCUAAAGGUUAACAUGAUGUGCGGGGCGCGCAAGGACUUCCAGCCCUCGCUGUCAUUGCAGUCGUUUCAGCGUGUCCUGCUUGGUCUGUGGCAAAAACCAAUGGACGAUUCAUUCUCACUCGACUUGUCGGUAGCUUGGGCCAUGCAAAUGCAGGAGAGGAUCCAACAUGUAGCUGAGCUUGCCACCUCCGAUGGCAUUGCCCAACUUGCAGAGAAAUUGCCAAUCCAAUGGACAAGAAGAAGAGGGAGAAAAACCGCCACCAAGCGCACCAGCCCAGUUGUUCUUCCUCACUCUAACAGCAGUUUGCAAAGAGAUUCGACACCAACAAAGAACAGGAAGAGAAAGCGGUUGUCUACCUUCUCGGGUUAACAAUGUGUUGCCUGCCAGAGUCAUAUUCUGGCCCCUCUCUGUAAUUAGACGACUAACUGUCUUUCUUUUUGUUUACUAUGCUCCUACUUGAGUUAUAAACCAAAUCCUAAAUAGGUCUUGGAUGAUACCAACUUCCCUGGUCUGGUCCUUCCUUGUAGUAGUUGUAACACAUUAUUCAGGCAGUAAAAGGAAGCCACUGGAGCAGUUUCUCUUGUUCGAGUA